AAAGCGUCUCGACCUACUGCUGGUCGCAGUUUCUGAGGAAGUGGAGUAGCGAAGCUGUAGAGGAUUGUUCGGACUGAUAGAGUUUCGCAUGAGUGGAUAUUGAGAAUUUGAAAGCAGUCUGGUGCUGGAGUGCUAACACUGCUAGGCUAACAAGACAACCCGCUGAGUCCGCGUCUUUUUGCGCCUCCUUCGCGGUGAACUGCAAACAGUAAAGAGACGAAAAUGUCGGGAGAGCCAGUUGUAGUCACGGUGGAGACGGCUGGUGGGGCCCCGAGCUCAUUCCCAUUGGUUUUGAAGAAAAUCAUGGAAAUGCCUCCGCCGAAUAUUCUGGACGGAGACGACGACACAGACAAGGAAAAGCUGUGUCUUGGAGAUGCUGGUGACCUGGGUGGAGGAGGGAGCGACAUGGGUCCUUCGGCCGCUCUGACUCCAGCUAUCUGGGAGAAGACCAUCCCCUAUGAUGGUGAGAGCUUCCACCUGGAGUACAUGGACCUGGAGGAGUUCUUCAUGGAGAAUGGCAUCUCCAUCUCACCUGAGGUGAGCUCCCUAAAGGACGCCCUAGAAGGAAGUGCCAUGAAGACAGAGAACCAAAAGGCUAGUCCCUCUGCAGAGACUAAAGUCACAAAGCCAGCACCUGUCUCUUCAGUGACUCUGCUGCCCAUUCAGGAGCUGGACAGUGGCCACGAGGAAGUGGUGAUCAUCACCAAAAAUGAUUCUGACAUCACCUGUGAUGUUAUUACAGAGGUGACCACUGACAAGGACAGAGUGACUCCCGAGCCCAUCGACCCUGACGAAAUUGAGGUUGACCUCAACUAUGAGCCAGAUCCUACAGAUUUGGUCCUGUCGAGCGUGCCCGGAGGCGAACUGUUUGACCCGCGCAAACACAAGUUCACUGAUGAUGAGCUCAAGCCACAGCCUAUGAUUAAGAAAGCCAAGAAGGUGUUUGUGCCUGAAGACCAGAAGGAUGAUAAAUACUGGCAGAGGAGGAAGAAGAACAACGUGGCCGCUAAACGCUCCCGUGACGCCCGCAGGUUAAAGGAGAACCAGAUCACUGUCCGAGCUGCCUUCCUGGAGCGUGAGAACACAGCGCUGCGGACGGAGGUGGCCGAGCUGCGGAAAGAGUGCGGCCGCUACAAGAACGUUUUGGGACGAUAUGAAAACAAAUACGGACCAUUAGUGGUGCCAGAUGACGAAUAGAAAUCUGUUGAUUUAUUCAUUUAAUUCUCCUAAUGAAUAAAUAAAUCAGACCCUUUGUUGGUACGUGGAAGAAGAGGAGGAAGAGCAGAAGAGCCCGUGUGAGGGCUGAUGCUUCCAUGGAGAUGUGAUGGCAUGUUAAUCUAUCAAUAUAAGAACAUAUUGAACAUAAUUGUAAUUAUAUUGAGCAUCUGUGCAAGCGAAAGGGUUGCGAGAGGAUAUUCAAGUGCUUCUUUGACACACCUUGCUUCUGAGGUGCAUUUUUGCCCUGUUUUGUAUGCUUGAUGCCGACAGAGAUCAUGUGUGACGUUUUAUUUUGAAGAAACUUUGGGGUUUAUUUUGCAUACAAUAUAUGACGUUUAGGUAGCACAUGUAAUGGUUUAGGCUACGUGAGUUCUUAUUGGGGUUUUCAAGUUGCUUCCAGUUGUUUUGUACAUUUGAAUGAACCGCUUCUCCAGUUUUAAGUUUCACAUUUAUAUUAUUAUGUAAGAGAUUUUCUAAAGAGCUGGGCUUUUCUUUGCCCACAAAGACUUUUUUGACUGUGACAUUUCCAAUAACUUUAGCUUCUUCAGGGGAUUUUGGUGACUUGGCAGGAAAUAAAAGCAGCCAUGUUCACUUUUGCUCAUGUAUGUGUUUUUCCAUUACCGGUGGCUCAGAGCUGUACAUAAACGCUUUGUCCUCCCUGUUUCAGUGUCGGUCGCUCUUGUGUCCUUCAGAGUUGUACUUCUGCCUCUCUGCAGGUCGUCCACGUGGACUGGUCCAUUUGUGUCAGUGACGCUUCAGAAGUGUCUGUAGAAUCUACUGAUCCAUGCACUGUAAAUAGCUAUAGGCUAAUAUACAUUAAAAAAUGUAUUCAGCAUAAUAGAACAUAAAAGUUCAAAUGCAGUGCUAGUUGAGUUUUUGAGAAAUCGUUAUUAACACCUGCCUCCGUAAACCAUUAGAGGUUUUCUGUCAGAUGAACGUGCAUCGAAUGUCUCGAAGUCUUCGUAACGCAAACUGUUUCGGGACGUCUCUUUAAAUCCCUUCAAGUGUCUUCUAUGUUCAAAGCCAUUUCAGUGCAGCGAGCGUUCUGCUAGUUUACACUUAACUUUGCAUCCAAACAGCUACUACAGACAAAAAGGGAAAGCUCCCGGGCUUCCAUCUAUAGCUGUUCUCACUUUGUAACCAAAAUGAAUACUGUAUUUCCUUUUUUUAAAAAAAAAAAAAAUCUCUUUAAAUAACUUCUUAACGAAUGGGUCAUGUGCAUUCUUGGAAAGUAAAACUACAUGCAAGACUUUUUGUGUAAAUAUUCCAGACCUUUAACACAGAAAUUAUUUCACUCCAAGCUUCAGUAAGUUGAGUCAGAUUAUCCUAAAAAGUCUCAAAGUGUGACUUUAGUUUAAAUCACAAUUUUUGGACUAAUUCUGGCAUAACUGGUAAUGAGCUUUUUUUUUUUUGUUGACUUUUUGGAAGUUUUUAUUUGGUUGCAGUAGAGUUUGCAGCUGCCUUCUCAGGAACACAGCAAGUAACUAAUUUUGAGUAUUUUUUUUUUCCCAUUUUUAUUAAACUUCCUGGUUACAUCUUUGUAUUUCUUUGUAAAGAAACAUCUUGGCAUUUUGAGUGUGGCAAUAUUUUGUGUCUUGUAUAUACAGUAUGUAAGAAUAAAGCCUUGUUAACAGAA